AUGGGGCGCGCGUGCUGGCUGCUCUGGGCGCUGGCGGCCUGGGGGGCCGCGCUGGGGGCCCCGGGGGCCGGGCCGGGGGCGCCGGGGCCGAGGCUCGGCUGGAACGCCACCUUCUGUCACCGGGCAGUGCCCGCGCCGGGGCCCGGCCCCCCCCUCCGCUCGCUGAGCUUCCUGAGCCGGCGCCCCCACGGCCCGGCGCUCUUCCACGCCCGCUGGGAUGAGCGCGGGCACCUGCUGGAGUGCGCCUUCUGGGAGGAGGCCGCCCCCGUCCGCGCUUACCGGGCUGCGUGCGCUCGGGACAGGGCGGGCGUCUUCGCCCGCGCCCCGAGCCCUCCGCUGCGCCGAGCCCUGGGAGCCCUCCGGGAGCAGCGGGACGCCUGUGUCCGCUCCGAGGGGGACCCCCCGAGCGUGGGGCAGGAGACCCCGGGGGCGGCCGCGGGGCCCCGACGGCGCGCCAAGAGGGGCUGGACCAUGCCGGGGACGCUCUGGUGCGGCGUCGGGGACUCUGCCGGGAACUCCACGGACCUGGGCCUCUUCCAGGGGCCCGACCUGUGCUGCCGGGAGCACGACCUCUGCACCCAGAACAUCGCCCCCUUCCAGUACAAUUACGGGAUCCGGAACUAUCGCUUCCACACCAUCUCCCACUGUGACUGCGAUUCCAGGUUCCACAGCUGCCUCCAGAGGCAACAGGAUGCGAUUUCUGACUUCGUGGGCACCACCUUCUUCAACCUGCUGGAGAUUCCCUGCUUUGUGCUGGAGGAGAAGGAGGCCUGCGUCCAGUGGUACUGGUGGGGCGGGUGUAAGAAAUAUGGCCCCAUUUCCCAGGCCCGACUUCUGCAACAGAGUCGCUAUAACGUGACUCGGGCCCCGCCUAGUCCCGCAGUGAAGGCUUCUCGGAGGAAGCAGCAGAGACAGAGGCCCGGCUCCCGUUUCCGUCCUUCCCCGCCUCUGCCCAGCGGUCCUCAGAGAGUUAAUUGCAGCGCCCAGCCACCGUCUCCAAACGUCCCCGGCCUGGUUCCCAGCAUGCCGACCACGCCAGAACAGCCAGCGAGAAUAUCUGGGGACCCCUACACUGAGGGGAGACCUUGGAACGGAGGCCGCAGGCCUGGGGGGAACCAAGCAGCCGGAGGGGCAGCGGAGGGGGCUGCUCAGGGACCCCCAGAGACCCCAGCUCCUGAGGGUGCAGGCCCAAAGGGCACUCUCCACCCCGUCGACAAGAACAGCAUCUACCAAGACUUGUCCGAGCCCUGCGGCUGCUACCGGGAGCUGGACCUGUGUCCGCACAAGAUCGAGCCCCGGGAGACCAAGUACCGGCUGCACAAUUCGGGGGGCCGCACCCUCUUCCACUGCAACUGUACAAGGCGGCUGGCGAAACUGCUGAGGACCAGGAGUCCCAAUGAGGUGGAGGACAAACUGUGGCCGGCGCUGGCUCGGACCUGCUUCGAGCUGAGACCCCCUGAGGCCUGCGAGCCCAGCCGCGGCUGCAGGGAGGAGCCCCGGGCCGUGGUGGUCCCCGCCCGGCACCUGCGGCGGCUGAGGAAGAAGCCGGCGGGGUGGCUGAGGGGAGUCCGAGCGAAGGUUGUGGAGAAGCCGCUGAAGAAGAGAAAGCGGGAGAGGAGGCCGCGGACUCGGGCGCGGGAGCUCCGGGGGGCCCUGCCGCUCUACGACAGGUGCCGAGAGAUGGUUUCCGCCUGGCGCUGGGCACCGCGGUGAUGGAGGAGGCGUCAGCCCGGGGCCGGGGCCGGGUGUGCGGGUCCCGUGCCUGAGUCCCAGCGGCCGGACAUCCCCGGGCCCUCCGGGGCUUGGGGCAGCGGGCGCCCUCCCACUCGUGGCCCAGAACCAAAGGGCCCGGCUCCCCUCCCGUGACUGACGGGGCAGGAGGCCGAGGUCACUGUCGUGCUGGGGGGGAUGGGAAUGAGCCCUGGGCUGGGCGCCGGAGGCCCGAGUUAGGUCCCAGCCCCUCAGACUCCACGUCCGGUGGGGGCGGGUCCUCUCCCGUGGGAGCUCACAGUCUGGUCCCAGGCGGUCACCGUUACCGCCUGUUUCUCCAUCUCUAAAAUGUGGGGGCUGAAGGGCCCGGAUCCUCCCAGGUCCUUUCUUGUGAGAACCCCAAUAAUCUGAGCCAGGCAGGCGGCAGCCCCCCCUCCAAAAGUCACGUCAACGCCCGUGCUCCCCUCGAAGCCCCGCCCCGUCUCCGGCCCUGGCUCCCUUCGUAGCUCGCGGGCCUUUCUCUGCCCUCGGACCAGAGCUUAUUGACUGCCUGGGGAAGGGGGCAGAUAACUGGGGGUCCCCGUCCUGUUGGAUGCUGGACGAUGUUGGAAUAUUGUGCAGUGGAGAGCCGGCCAUGGUCCGGGCUGGGCGGGGGCUCCGCCUCAUCCAGGAUGCAAUGGAAAGGUGACUUAUCACCCGGGGUCUGAGCCUCCAGGGGGAGCGGCUUCCGGCGUCGGCAGGAUCGCCCUGUUCCCGCCUCCUUGGUCCAGGAGGCUCUGCCCGAGUCCGGCUGAGCUGUGGCUACGGGGGGACAGGAGGGCAUCUCCUUCCCCAGGGCCGAGCUGUGGGGGGCAUCGUGAGCCUGUCUCAGGGCCGAGGGCAAGGCCAGAGGGAGGACCCAGGCUCCCAGUCUCUACUGGCGGACAUGAGAGCUGGCAGCUCGGAGCUGGACCCCCUCCCCCCCAUGUAAAUGCGUUCAUAGAUAGGGGGCAUUGAUCCGUCCCAGCUGUGGGACCUUAGGCUCCCAUUCUGACCCUCAGUUACCUCAUCUGAAAAAUGGAGCUAGACCUGAUCAAAUGGAAGCUCUUCCUAUCCCAGACUUCCCCUGUCCUAAGCUCCUCCCAGCUCUGCUAUUGCUUAUUCCAAGUUUUCUUCUGAUUGACAUUCCCUGAUAAUCUCUGUUCCAAGACGUCCCCUAUUCUAAGGCUCCUCCCAGUUCUGACAUCCACGGUGCUCCCGAUUUCUCUUCCUCUCCUCCCUCCUCCUCCCCAAGGCAGUGAGAAAUCUGAUGCAGGUUAGACAUGGGCCAGCCUUCUAAGCGUGUUUCCUAUUUGUCUCACUGUGCAAGAAAAAUCAGAUCGAAACGGGAAAGUGAGAAAGGAAAAACCCCGAGCAGACAAGUAACAGCAAAAAAAAAAAAAAAAAAAAAAAAACCAAGACAAGUAACAGCAAAAAGGGGAAAAUGAGAAAGGAAAAACCCAAGACAAGUGACAGCAAAAAAAAACAAAAAACAAAACCCGAGACAAGUAACAGCAAAAAGGGGAAAAUCCGGCGUUUGGACCCCACUCAUUCCCAGUCUCUCCCUGGGUGCAGAUGGAGCUCCACCCCAAGUCUAAGGGAACUGCCUUGAAUCAGCUCAUUGUUGAAAAGAGCCGCGUCCAUCACAGUUGAUCGUCACAGAAUCUUGUCACUGUGUCCAAUGAUCCCCUGGUCCUGCUCCUUUCCCUCAGCAUCAGUUCCUGUCAGUCUCUCCCGCCUCUGAAAUCCUCCCGUUGGUCGUCUCUUACCGACCAAUAACAUUCCCUCACAUUCAUUCACCCCGAUUUAUUCAGCCAUUCCCCACCUGAGGGCAUCCCCUCAGUUUCCAUUUCUGGCCCUACACAAAGGGCUGCCACAAACAGUUUUGGACACGGGGGUCCCUGUCCCUCCUUUAAGAUCCCUUUGGGGUGUGAGCCCAGGAGAGACACGGCUGAAUCGAAGGGGAUGCACGGUACGCCUUUGGGUGUAGCUCCAAAUUGCUCUCCAGAAUCGACAUCCCCUGUUCUGACUCCUUCCCAACUCUGAUAUUCCUUGUUCUAAGGCCCCUCCCAGCCAUGAUGUCCCCCCUGUUCUGCACCCCCCCUCCCCCUCCCCCUGCUGUCUGUGACCACCACUGCAUCCUCCUCUCCCUUGCUCCACAGAAGGCUCUGAGGAGGGACUUCAGACUCAGGGGGGAAGGGCCCGCCCCCAGCCUCAGUGGUUGUGGACAGACCUUCCCUCCUCCCCAGCCACAGUCCCUGGAGUAGAGGAGUCAGCUCCCAGAGAAGCAGAGUGGGGGCUCCCAGAGAGGCAGAGUGGGGGCUCCCAGAGAGGCAGAGUGGGGGCUCCCAGAGAGGCAGAGUGGGGGCUCCCAGAGCUGCCAGGGAAGAGAACCUGAAACCCAGGACAUAGCUCCCCUUCUGCUCUUGCCCCUGGGUUCUGGUCCCCCUGCUUCCUGAAAAGUGGUACAAUGGACAGCGCCCAUGGCCCGGGUCUCCCCUGAGGUCCGGAAUGGCUGACUUGGGCGCAGCCUUUCUUUCUCUGACCUUCAGUUCUCUCCUCUGUGGAGGGAGGGGGUGGGCCUUGGUCUCCGGCCCCUCCCAGCCCUGAGCACUGUUCACCCAGCCUCGCUCGGAGGUCUCUGGUGACAGGGAGCUCACCACCCCCACACCCGCCCAUUCCAUUGUGAGCUGGCUCUAAUUGCUGGGAAGUCUUGGGUCUUUGGGGCUGCCUUGUCAUUUCUGGCAGCUCUAACCUCGGGACAAGCAGAAGGGGGCCCAGCCUCCCUCCAGUGACAGCCUCCGGAGGAAGGAGUAAUUGCCUUUGAGAAACCUUGGGCUUCCUUGGAGAAUUAGUCACCGUUCUCUGCCCCUGCGGGGCAGCUUGUGCCGGGCUCCCGUGUUGCCGGGCUUGGUCCCAGCCUCCCCUGCUCCGACUAAGGGGGUGAUCUGCGCCCGGACUCUCCCCGCAGAAGGGAAGGCGCAGUUUAGCAGGAACGCCUGGGGAUUUGGUCUUGGUAUCCCCCCUGCCUGGAACCUCUGCCCCCCCAUCUUCCCUAGCUUCUCAGUGACACUUCCAGGCUGCAGCCCCCGAACCCGUGGAUCAUGAGUUCGCCCGGGGCUGAGUUUCUCGGGGCAUCUUGCCAGGGCUGCCGGACAGACCCAUGUUCCCAGGGGUCUGCUUUGGUACCAGGUCAAGUGCCAGGAUGACCCCUCUGGGAUGGGGUUCCAUGAAUUUCUUCAGAUUGAUUUCAGUCCCAUGUCACGAGACAACAGAUGAGCCCCUUUGUUGUCAUUUCGUCCAGUGCAGGAAGCUCUGAUUUCUCAAUCACUAGUCACUGCCCCAUUGCUUCUUUCAACUCCCACCUCCGGGCCUUUGCCCCGGCUGUGCCUCCUGCCUCGCUCUCUGCCCGAGAACCACCUUCAGCAGGACCCUUCGCUGCUCCUUCAAGAGGCUUUCACCAAACCACCCAAAUUCGUCUUGUCUUAGAUGCGAACGUGUUGUUUCUCCCUUCAAACGGGAGCUUGGAGAGUUUCCUGUUUUACUUCAUCUCCAGCGUCUGGCACACGGCGGGGGCCGAUCAAUGCUUGCUGAUCGAUCCCCCCCCCCAUUUACCACCCUUCCCCCUCACACUCCUCUGCAUUUACUCCUCUGGGCAUGUGGAGGUGCCGUCCCAGGGAAUGAGAAGCGACUGUUCUUCAUUUUUAUGGUGAAUUAGCGCCCUUUAUUGCAGCCUGGCCUCUGACACUGCCGGGGCCAUCCCACAAGUUACCCAAAGUCCCAGAGCCCCAGACAAGCCAGGGCUUCCCAUUGGGCAUUUAGCCCCAGCACAGGCACCUCACAGUGACCCAUUAGGAACAGAUUAGAAGCAUCCAAGUUAAAACUCAAGCCCUGGGGGGAAAUCAUCGGAGAAGGAGCGGAAGUCCUUGGAAGUCCUCUGCAGUUACUUGAACCCCCAGGCCCAGCACAAUAAUGUUCUUUCCGUGGGUCUGGAGUCAGGAACCACUGAAGUUUGAAUCCAAUCUCUCUCUCACUCGCUGUGUGAUUCUGGGCAAGUCACUUCUUAACCUGCCUGCCUUAGUUUCCUCAUCUGUAAAAUGGGGCUAAUCUCUACCUCACGGGGUUGUUGCAGGGAUCAAAUGAGAUAUUUAUAAAUCCCCGAGCACAGUAGCUGGUGUUUAAUAAAUGCUCAUUUCCUUC